CCUUUUGGAUAAUCUCUAUAUCUACGUUUCUCUCGCCUUGUCUCCUUUUGAGGUUUCAUUUCAACUUCUCUAAAGUUCGAAAUUUUUUCACAGUCUCUCUCUACUACUAGUUUGACAUGAACGGCGACGGUGUUUGGCUUGACGGCGCCGGUGAAUCUCCGGAGGUUAAUAACAAUGAAGCUGCGUCGUGGGUCAGAAACCCAGAUGAAGAUUGGUUCAAUCACCCACCACCACCACCACAAAUCCUCCAUAACAAUAACCAAAGUGACUUCAGAUUCAAUGGUGGGUUUCCAUUAAACCCCUCAGAGAAUCUGCUUCUUCUUCUUCAGCAAUCGAUUGAUUCGUCUUGUUCUGCUCCGUUACAUCCUUUCACACUCGACGCUGCUUCACAGCAACAACAACAAGAACAGUCUUUCUUAGCUACAAAAGCUUGCAUAGCUUCUCUUCUCAACGUCCCAACCACCAAUAACAACACUUUCGAUGAAUUCGGCUUUGAUUCUGGUUUCUUGGGUCAACAAUUCCAUGGAAAUCAAUCUCCAAACUCGAUGAGUUUCGCUGGAUUGAACCACUCGGUACCGGAUUUUCUCACUUCCCGGUCAAUUCCAGCGCCGGAAAACAGCUCCGGAUCAUGUGGAUUGAGUCCUCUGUUCAAGAACAGAGCAAAGGUUCUCAAGCCGUUAGAGGUGUUGGCUUCAUCUGGCUCGCAGCCAACGUUGUUUCAGAAACGAGCUGCAAUGCGUCAGAGUUCGAGUAGCAAAAUGUGCAAUUCAGAGAGUUCUUCUGAAAUGAGGAAAUCGAGCUACGAGAGAGAGAUUGACGAUACGAGUACCGGAAUCAUCGAUAUCUCUGGAUUGAACUACGAAUCUGAUGAGCAUAAUAAUAAUAAAGGUAAGAAGAAAGGAAUGCCUGCAAAGAAUCUUAUGGCUGAGAGAAGAAGAAGGAAGAAGCUUAAUGAUAGGCUUUACAUGCUUAGAUCAGUUGUUCCCAAGAUCAGCAAAAUGGAUAGAGCAGCAAUACUUGGAGAUGCUAUUGAUUACCUCAAAGAGCUUUUACAAAGAAUCAACGAUCUUCAUACCGAACUAGAAUCUACUCAACCGAGUUCUUCAACCUUGCACCCGUUAACACCGACUCCACAAACGCUAUCUUACCGUGUUAAGGAAGAGUUGUGUCCCUCUUCCUCUUUGCCAAGUCCUAAAGGCCAGCAACCAAGAGUUGAGGUUAGAUUAAGGGAAGGAAAGGCAGUGAACAUUCACAUGUUCUGUGGACGUAGACCAGGUCUUUUACUUUCCACCAUGAGAGCUUUGGAUAACUUAGGAUUGGAUGUUCAACAAGCUGUGAUUAGCUGUUUCAACGGUUUUGCUUUGGAUGUUUUCCGCGCUGAGCAAUGCCAAGAAGACCAUGACGUGUUGCCUGAACAAAUCAAAGCAGUGCUUUUAGACACAGCAGGUUACGCUGGUUUGGUUUGAUUGCGAAACAAAAGGAAGAAUCUGUGUGGAACAGAGCUAGAUCUAAGCCUCUUUUUCAUUUUUAGUCAGCAAUUUUCUUACUUAGUUUCAUCAAUUUUAAUCAUGUAUUGAAGAUGAUAACUGUUUUAUUUUACCUUUGAAAACAUGGGGUACACAAAUUCAACCUUUUAGCAAAUGCCAUUGUUACUUUGCUUUUCAUUUUUAUGAGUUGUUUGCAAGAAGAGAUCAAUGUUGAUUUUCACUGAUAAAACACACAUGAGAAACGGCUAGACAAAGAUUAAGAACUGCACAAUUCAUAGGCAAAAGCUCUGUUUUUUUUUCCGCAACACUAACAGAGAUUCAUCUCUGUAAAAAUCAUGUUCUCUAAAUAAAUGUUAUUUUUAUCU